AUGAAUAUACUACACGCACGCACACAUGUAACACAGUUAAAUAAAGCAUCUCGCCUUGUACCAGGAAGUAGCGGCGCACGCACACACGCGCAACACCCUGUACACACGACCGGCCGUCGUGGCGCUGGCGCACACUUGCGCGCCGGCUACGCGUGGGAGCGCACGCACAUGGCCCGAUCGGGAUUCACUAGCGAGCCCCUUGACGAUACAUUUUUUACGACACCCAUAUAA